CUCAUUUCCACAUUUGCAAAGGCACAAACACAGCUCUUCGCUCUCUUUCCUGGACCUUUCUCUUUUUGUAAGCCUAGUGGAAAGGCUCAGGACAGUGUUUAACUCACCAUGUUUAACUAUGAAAUAGCACUCAUCAGUAGGAGAGAGAAGGACUAAGGAAAUCUGACAUCUCUUGCUCAUUGGGACCGAAUAUGACAAUGUCACUGGUUGUCUUUUCUCAAUUAAAUAUGGGUGACUCAAAAGAGAAAACUUUUUUCAAACUGACACAUGGGUCAGGAAAAGAAGAAACAAGCAUCGAGGCCAAAACCAGUGCUAAAGAAAAAAGAAAUAGGCUAAGCCUUCUUCUGCAGAGGCCUGACUUCCAUGGCGAGACUAACACCAGUAGAUCUGCCCUCUUGGCGAAAGAAACAAGAGUCCGGCCUGAAGAAGCAGUAAAAUGGGCUGAAUCCUUUGACAAACUGCUUUCUCAUAGAGAUGGACUGGAUACUUUUACCAGAUUUCUUAAAACUGAAUUCAGUGAAGAAAACAUUGAAUUUUGGGUAGCCUGUGAAGAUUUCAAGAAAUGCAAGGAACCACAACAAAUUGUCCUAAAAGCAAAAGCAAUAUAUGAGAAAUUCAUUCAGAAUGAUGCUCCAAAAGAGGUUAACCUGGAUUUUCAUACAAAAGAAGUCAUUACUAAGAGUGUCACACAGCCCACCCUCCACAGUUUUGAUGCAGCACAAAGCAGAGUGUAUCAGCUCAUGGAACAAGACAGUUACACACGGUUUCUGAAAUCUGAGAUCUACUUACAUUUGGUAGAAGGACGACCUCAGAGACCAACAAAUCUUAGGAGACGAUCACGAUCAUUUACCUACAAUGAGUUCCAAGAUGUAAAGUCAGAUGUUGCCAUUUGGCUAUGAGAAGGAGUAAUUUUUCUUGUUUUGAUGGUAAAUGUGUACAUCUGCUUCUAAAAUACAGUUUGUGUAUAGUAAGAAAUGAUUAUACUUUUUAGAACACACCACGAGAAAAUAUUUUUAAAA